GUUGCUUUCUGUUAUUUAUGUUCACUUCACCUUCUCCCAACCUGGAACCACCCCCCCAGCCCUGGUAUAGUUCGUUUUGGGAGUGGAUAACUGCUCAGUUUGCACGGAUAGCAAGAGUGCUGAGAGCCCAGUUUGUGGGAGCCAUGGAGGAGUCCUCCCAAUCUGAUAAAKCCCUGGACAUGAACGCUCACUCACGCUUCAUCAUUGGCUCCGUGUCAGAGGAUAACUCAGAAGAUGAGACCAGCUCCUUGGUGAAACUGGAUCUGCUGGAGGAGAAGGARAGGUCUUUGUCACCUGUGUCUGUCUGCUCGGAUUCCCUGUCGGACCUGGGGCUCCCAAAUGCUCAGGAUGGCCUGGCCAGCCAUAUGAGGCCCAGCAUGUCUGGUUUGCACCUUGUCAAGCAAGGCCGGGACAGGAAGAAGGUGGAUGUGCAGCGGGAUUUCACUGUGGCUUCUCCAGCAGAAUUUGUGACUCGUUUUGGAGGGAAUAAAGUUAUUGAGAAGGUCCUGAUAGCAAAUAAUGGCAUUGCAGCAGUGAAGUGCAUGAGGUCCAUCCGACGCUGGUCCUACGAGAUGUUCCGCAACGAGAGAGCCAUCAGGUUCGUGGUCAUGGUCACUCCUGARGAUCUGAAAGCCAAUGCAGAAUACAUUAAAAUGGCAGAUCACUACGUGCCCGUCCCAGGAGGACCCAACAACAACAACUAUGCAAACGUGGAGCUCAUCCUCGACAUUGCCAAGAGGAUUCCAGUGCAGGCUGUGUGGGCUGGCUGGGGCCACGCAUCAGAGAACCCUAAACUGCCAGAACUUCUCCACAAAAAUGGGAUUGCUUUCAUGGGUCCUCCCAGCCAAGCCAUGUGGGCCUUAGGAGAUAAAAUUGCUUCUUCCAUCGUGGCUCAGACUGCUGGCAUUCCAACUCUUCCUUGGAGUGGAAGUGGUCUUCGAGUGGACUGGCAGGAGAAUGAUCUCCAGAAACGCAUCCUGAACGUSCCUCAGGAGCUCUAUGAGAAGGGCUACGUGAAGGACGCGGACGAUGGACUGCGGGCUGCUGAGGAGGUUGGCUACCCUGUCAUGAUCAAGGCUUCUGAAGGAGGAGGAGGAAAAGGAAUCAGGAAAGUUAACAAUGCAGAUGACUUCCCCAAUCUGUUCAGACAGGUUCAAACUGAAGUCCCAGGCUCUCCCAUCUUUGUGAUGAGGCUGGCCAAGCAGUCCAGGCACCUGGAGGUGCAGAUCCUGGCAGACCAGUAUGGCAAUGCCAUCUCCCUCUUUGGCCGUGACUGCUCCGUGCAGCGCCGGCACCAGAAGAUUAUCGAGGAAGCUCCAGCCUCUAUUGCAACCUCAGCAGUGUUUGAGCACAUGGAACAGUGUGCAGUGAAGCUGGCCAAGAUGGUGGGAUAUGUGAGUGCAGGCACUGUGGAAUAUCUGUACAGCCAGGACGGCAGCUUCUACUUCCUGGAGCUGAACCCACGGCUGCAGGUGGAGCACCCCUGCACKGAGAUGGUGGCUGAUGUCAACCUGCCAGCAGCACAGCUCCAGAUUGCCAUGGGGAUCCCCCUGCACAGGAUCAAGGAUAUCCGAGUGAUGUAUGGAGUUUCUCCCUGGGGAGACACCACCAUUGAUUUUGAGAACUCAGCCCAUGUCCCCAGUCCCCGUGGCCACGUCAUCGCUGCCMGGAUCACCAGUGAGAAUCCUGACGAGGGAUUUAAGCCCAGCUCUGGCACGGUGCAGGAGCUGAAUUUCCGCAGCAAUAAGAAYGUCUGGGGCUAUUUCAGUGUGGCUGCUGCAGGGGGGCUCCAUGAAUUUGCUGAUUCCCAGUUUGGUCACUGCUUCUCCUGGGGAGAGAAUCGUGAAGAAGCCAUCUCAAACAUGGUGGUGGCUCUGAAGGAGCURUCCAUCCGAGGGGAUUUCAGRACCACUGUGGAAUACCUGAUCAAGCUGUUGGAGACGGAGAGCUUCCAGCAGAACCGCAUCGACACGGGCUGGCUGGACCGGCUCAUCGCUGAGAAAGUGCAGGCUGAGAGGCCUGACACCAUGCUGGGGGUGGUGUGUGGAGCCCUGCACGUGGCUGACGUCAGCCUCCGAAACAGCGUCUCCAACUUCCUGCACUCCCUGGAAAGGGGCCAGGUGCUGCCUGCUCACACUCUGCUCAACACCGUGGACGUGGAGCUCAUCUACGAGGGACGGAAAUACGUGCUGAAGGUGACCAGACAGUCCCCCAAUUCCUACGUGGUCAUCAUGAACAGCUCCUGUGUGGAGGUYGAUGUGCACCGCCUGAGUGACGGGGGGCUGCUCCUCUCCUACGAUGGCAGCAGCUACACCACCUACAUGAAAGAAGAAGUGGACAGGUAUCGCAUCACCAUUGGGAACAAGACCUGUGUGUUUGAGAAGGAGAAUGAUCCCUCCAUCCUGCGCUCGCCUUCCGCUGGGAAGCUGAUCCAGUAUGUGGUGGAGGAUGGGGGACACGUGUUUGCAGGCCAGUGCUUUGCAGAAAUUGAGGUAAUGAAAAUGGUGAUGACCAUAACAGCGGGAGAAUCGGGCUGCAUCCACUAUGUCAAACGCCCAGGGGCAGUGCUGGAUCCGGGCUGUGUGAUUGCCAAGCUCCAGCUGGAUGAUCCCAGCAGGGUUCAGCAGGCUGAGCUGCACACRGGAACCCUGCCCCAGAUCCAGAGCACGGCGCUGCGGGGUGAGAAACUCCAUCGCAUCUUCCACUACGUGCUGGACAACCUGGUCAAYGUGAUGAACGGCUACUGCCUGCCAGAGCCCUUCUUCAGCAGCAAGGUGAAGGGCUGGGUUGAGCGAUUAAUGAAGACCCUGAGGGACCCAUCUUUGCCCCUGCUGGAACUCCAGGACAUCAUGACCAGCGUUUCUGGGAGGAUCCCCCCCAAUGUGGAGAAAUCCAUCAAGAAGGAGAUGGCCCAGUAUGCCAGCAACAUCACCUCGGUCCUCUGCCAGUUUCCCAGCCAGCAGAUUGCCAACAUCCUGGACAGCCACGCGGCCACCCUGAACCGCAAAUCRGAGCGCGAGGUGUUCUUCAUGAACACGCAGAGCAUCGUGCAGCUCGUGCAGAGGUACCGCAGUGGCAUCCGGGGCCACAUGAAGGCCGUGGUGAUGGAUCUGCUCCGGCAGUACCUCAAGGUGGAGACCCAGUUCCAGCACGGUCACUAUGACAAGUGUGUCUUCACCCUUCGUGAGGAGAACAAGAGCGACAUGAACGCGGUGCUGAACUACAUCUUCUCCCAUGCCCAGGUCACCAAGAAGAACCUGCUGGUUACAAUGCUCAUUGACCAGCUGUGUGGCCGUGACCCCACCCUGACAGAUGAGCUGAUCAACAUCCUGACGGAGCUGACCCAGCUCAGCAAAACCACCAACGCCAAGGUGGCCCUGCGAGCGCGCCAGGUUCUCAUUGCUUCCCACCUGCCCUCCUACGAGCUUCGACACAACCAAGUGGAGUCCAUCUUCCUGUCAGCCAUCGACAUGUACGGGCACCAAUUCUGCAUYGAGAACCUGCAGAAACUCAUUUUGUCCGAGACAUCCAUCUUCGAUGUGCUUCCCAACUUUUUCUACCACAGUAACCAGGUGGUGAGAAUGGCAGCUUUGGAGGUGUAUGUUCGUAGGGCUUACAUUGCCUAUGAGCUGAACAGUGUCCAGCACCGCCAGCUGAAAGACAACACAUGCGUGGUGGAAUUCCAGUUCAUGCUGCCCACCUCCCAUCCCAACAGAGGGAACAUCCCCACGCUCAACAGGAUGUCCUUCUCCUCCAAUUUCAACCACUAUGGCAUGCAUCCCUUUCCUGCCAGGACGGGUGGGUGGGUGCUGGCUGCUCUCUGUGCUGCUGACUGCUCCUCUCUGUUGUGUUCCAGGAUCUUUGAUGAAGUCAUGGGCUGUUUCUGUGACUCUCCCCCGCAGAGCCCCACCUUCCCUGAGGCUGGCCACGCUUCCCUCUACGAUGAGGACAAGAGUGCCCGGGAGGAGCCCAUCCACAUCCUCAACGUGGCCAUCAAAACCGACAGCGACGUGGACGACGAUGGCCUGGCUGCCAUGUUCAGRGAGUUCACCCAGAGCAAGAAAUCAGUUCUGAUUGAACACGGCAUUCGGAGGCUGACGUUCCUUGUAGCACAAAAGGACUUCAGGAAACAGGUCAACUAUGAGGUGGAUCAGAGAUUCCAUAGAGAAUUCCCCAAAUUCUUCACGUUCCGUGCCCGGGAUAAGUUCGAGGAGGAUCGGAUCUACAGGCACCUGGAGCCAGCUCUGGCAUUCCAAYUGGAGCUGAACCGAAUGAGGAACUUCGACCUGACUGCCAUCCCCUGUGCCAACCACAAAAUGCAUCUCUACCUGGGGGCAGCCAAGGUGGAGGUGGGCACAGAGGUGACAGACUACAGGUUCUUCGUCAGGGCCAUCAUAAGGCACUCAGAUCUGGUGACCAAGGAAGCCUCCUUUGAGUACCUGCAGAACGAGGGGGAGCGUUUGCUGCUGGAGGCCAUGGAUGAGCUGGAGGUKGCCUUCAACAACACCAACGUGCGCACGGACUGCAACCACAUCUUCCUCAACUUYGUGCCCACYGUCAUCAUGGACCCCUCCAAGAUCGAGGAGUCGGUGCGCUCCAUGGUGAUGCGCUACGGCAGCCGCCUCUGGAAGCUGCGCGUGCUCCAGGCCGAGCUGAAGAUCAACAUCCGCCUGACCCCCACGGGCAAAGCCAUCCCCAUCCGCCUCUUCCUCACCAAYGAGUCGGGAUACUACCUGGACAUCAGCCUCUACAAGGAGGUGACAGACUCCAGGACRGGGCAGAUCAUGUUCCAGGCCUAUGGAGAUAAGCAGGGACCUCUCCAUGGGAUGCUGAUCAACACCCCCUACGUGACCAAAGAUCUGCUGCAGUCCAAGAGGUUCCAGGCACAGACUUUGGGCACCUCCUAUGUCUAUGACAUUCCUGAGAUGUUCAGGCAGUCUUUGAUCAAGCUGUGGAAUUCCAUGAAYGAGCACGCGUUCCUGCCCCCAGCCCCGCUGCCCUCGGACAUCCUGACCUACACAGAGCUGGUUCUGGAUGACCAGGGCCAACUGGUGCACAUGAACAGGCUGCCAGGGGGAAAUGAGAUCGGCAUGGUGGCCUGGAAGAUGACCCUGAAAACACCAGAAUACCCCGAGGGCCGGGACAUCAUUGUCAUUGGCAACGACAUCACGUACAGGAUCGGCUCCUUCGGGCCRCAGGAGGACGUGGUGUUCAUGCGGGCGUCGGAGCUGGCGCGGGCACAGGGCAUCCCCCGCAUCUACGUGGCUGCCAACAGCGGCGCCCGCAUCGGCCUGGCCGAGGAGAUCCGCCACAUGUUCCACGUGGCUUGGGAGGACCCAGACAACCCUUACAAGGGAUACAAAUACUUGUACCUGACUCCUCAAGACUACAAGAAAGUCAGCGCCCUGAACUCUGUUCACUGUGAACACGUGGAGGAAAAUGGAGAAUCCAGGUACAAGAUAACGGAUAUUAUCGGCAAAGAGGACGGCCUGGGCGUGGAGAACCUCAGAGGAUCCGGCAUGAUUGCUGGAGAAUCGUCUCUGGCCUACGAUAGCGUUAUCACCAUCAGCUUGGUCACGUGUCGGGCAAUCGGGAUUGGGGCCUACAUCGUCCGGCUGGGCCAGAGAACCAUCCAGGUGGAGAAUUCCCACAUYAUCCUCACGGGCUGUGGGGCCCUCAACAAGGUGCUGGGACGGGAAGUUUACACCUCCAACAACCAGCUGGGAGGGAUCCAGAUCAUGCACAACAACGGGGUGACCCACGACACGGUCUGUGAUGACUUUGAAGGGGUUUACACCAUUCUGCAGUGGCUUUCCUACAUGCCAAAGAACACUCACAGCCCUGUUCCCAUGCUCAAAGCCAAGGAUCCCAUAGACAGAACCAUCGAUUUUGUUCCCACCAAGACCCCCUACGACCCUCGCUGGAUGCUGGCUGGACGCCCCAAUCCAAAUCAGAARGGGCAGUGGCUGAGUGGGUUCUUCGACCAUGGAUCAUUCAUGGAGAUCAUGCAGCCCUGGGCACAGACAGUCGUGGUGGGGAGAGCCAGGCUGGGAGGAAUACCUGUCGGAGUGGUUGCCGUGGAGACGAGGACRGUGGAGCUCAGCAUUCCUGCCGAUCCUGCAAACCUGGACUCGGAGGCCAAGAUAAUCCAGCAAGCUGGGCAGGUGUGGUUCCCUGAYUCUGCCUUCAAAACAGCCGAGGCUAUCAAGGAUUUCAACAGGGAAGGGCUGCCCCUGAUGGUCUUUGCCAACUGGAGAGGCUUCUCUGGGGGGAUGAAAGACAUGUAUGACCAGGUGCUCAAGUUCGGCGCGUACAUCGUGGACGGGCUGCGCGAGUACCGGCAGCCGGUGCUGAUCUACAUCCCGCCCCAGGGCGAGCUGCGGGGCGGCUCCUGGGUGGUCAUCGACCCCACCAUCAACCCCCGGCACAUGGAGAUGUACGCUGACCGCGACAGCAGAGGGGGGAUCCUGGAGCCCGAGGGGACGGUGGAGAUCCGAUUCCGCAGGAAGGACCUGGUGAAGACCAUGCGCAGGGUGGACCCGGUGUACAUCGGCCUGGCCGAGCGCCUCGGUACGUGGGACAGCUUCCCAAAGGACACUGAGGGGUGGGACAGCUUCCCAAAGGACACUGAGGGGUGGGACAGCUUCCCAAAGGACACUGAGGGGUGGGACACCCUCCCUGGGGACACUGAGGGGUGUGACAGCUUCCCAAAGGACACUGAGGGGUGGGACACCUUCCUGGGGACACCCUCUUGGGGACACCCUUCUGGGGACACCCUUCUGGGGGUCCUGGACUGGAAAACCUCCCGCACCUUUUUCUACUGGCGGCUGCGGCGGCUGCUGCUGGAGGAUGUGGUGAAGAAGAAGAUCCACGAGGCCAAUCCCGAGCUGACGGACGGGCAGAUCCAGGCCAUGCUGCGCCGCUGGUUCGUCGAGGUGGAGGGGACAGUCAAGGCCUACCUGUGGGACAGCAACAAGGACCUGGUGGAGUGGCUGGAGAAGCAGCUGACGGAGGAGGAGGGCGUUCGCUCCGUGGUGGAGGAGAACAUCAAAUACAUCUCCAGGGAUUAYGUGCUCAAGCAGAUCCGGAGCCUGGUGCAGGCCAACCCCGAGGUUGCCAUGGAUUCCAUCGUGCACAUGACCCAGCACAUCUCCCCCACGCAGCGAGCCGAGGUGGUGCGGAUCCUCUCCACAAUGGACUCGCCCUCGUCCACGUAAGAGCCGCGYGCGGUCCCGGUGCCCCUGCCCGGCCGCGGAGCAGAGCCCUCGGUGUGCCAUGGGGAGCCUCAGGGAACGCUGCCACACGGACAGUUUUUAUUUUUUCGAAUCAGGCUGACCAGAAGGAAACGUGUCCUCUGGCCAGGGACAUGAGGAAAAUGUAUAAACACAAGCGCCUGCGGAACUGAG